CACGCGUUCGCGCGUCUACCGGCAGUGGGCCACAUGAAGAAACUCGUUCUCGUUGGUUUCAGUCGCGCUUACUUGAAAAACGGUGGCCGCGUCUGCAGACUGACGAGAGAGAGCUCGAGUGACGCUUCUAGUUCUAGAUCUUCGCACAGGGAGAGAGAGGAAAAGUCUCUGAAGGAAUUGUUCGUCGAACCAGAACUUGAAAAUAGUCGGUUGUUUGAUUUCGAGUGUGAUGAAUUCGAAGACGUUGAUGUCGAUUCCAGCAGCGUUACGAGUUCUGUCACCCUGGCUAACCAUAUUCACCAACUACUGGAUGAUACUGUUACGGAUGGAAACACUUUUGCUGUUGAAGUCUUGUGGGUUUGGACGUCUCAACACAACAAAGACAAAAGUCUGAGGUUGCACAGCCUGCUGUAUGGUGCUCUUCGGAGAGCAGUUGAAUGGCACCAUGCUUCAGUGACUGUCGUACAUUCAGUUAAGGUAGACAGGUUUGCUUUAAAAGAAUGGUCACAAGCUGUUCCCUGUUCGACUGUCUGUCGCGACAAACUGAGUUGCUGGACCAAUGUCAGGAUGCUAAAAUUUGAGCAUCAACUUGUGUGGUGUGGAUAUCUACAUUUUGCUCCUCAAAAGCACGGUGGAGAAUCAGCUCCUUUGUUACACUGUGAGCUUUACCGUCAUUCUACGGAAACGGCAACUGAUUUGCUGACUGCUGUAACUUGUACAACCAGCUGGCUAGAAGUUGUCAGCAUUAUUCGUGAAACAGAAAUUCCGUUAGGAGUUUUGACUUCAUGUACUUCUUACAGUUUAGCAUGUUUGAAUAGUCUGCAUGUUGAUGGAUCUGCUCUAUCACAGCUGAAAAAGACUAUGAUCUCUUGCAACAUAUGUUUUUUGGUGCGUUUUUGUUACGUGGAGGCAGAUGGGCUAGCUAGUCCUCGCUUCCUUUCUCAGUGGAUGGAAUUUGUAGUUGGUGCUGAUGACUCUCAUUUUGCAUCUGCAUCUGAUUGUCACAUGGAUCUUUUGUCACCCCAGGGAUGUCUGCUAUUGGUGGUGGCAGAUGGUUCAGCUGCUGAACCUGUUUUAAGGGUUUACACCCUGUGUAGUGCAGCAGACUUACAUGUAGCAAUGUCACUUGUGGUUGGAGAUAGCUCAGAGGAAAUGGACUGUUCUGUAAUGGAACAAGUUGCAUCUGUUAUCAGUGAAAUUCCACAUUAUGAUAAUGUGAGAAUGUUGGAGGAACAAUCUCCAAGUAAACGCAGAAAAUGCGAUACGUUAUUGAAGUAUUCAAGUGAAUUGCUUCAUAUUGCCAACACAGAUCUCAAUGUAUGUCCACUUUUGCCAUUGGAGAAACUAGCAUUGCAGACGGAGGAAAGGAUUUUGAGGUCUCUAGUAGCAGCAACAAGUCCUAAUCCUUUACUUGAUACUCUCCUGGCUCCUAAUCCAGCAGAUUUGCACUUGAAUUUGGAAGAAAUGCUGCAACUUUUUGAUGGCGAUGGAAAGGCAUUAUCUUUGUCACUACCUGCAGUCAGUGCAGGGAAUUCUAGCCUGAGGCUGAAGCCUCACAGAAGUUACAGUUCAGCUGAUCAUUCUGAACUGAAGUCUCUGUCUUUUUAUGAUGCUGCACGACUGUCUGCUCAUGGUGUUAAUUAUUGUGUUGAUGAACAUGCUUCUCUUAGUAUUGAUCGAAGACUAGCUCGUAUUCAGCUGCGUUAUGUCAGCAGUGAAACAAAUUCAACUUGUGCUACAGCUUCCACACCUGCUAUUCAGAUAGGGAAACGACGAUCACAGAUAACUUAUCUUACGCCACCACAAACGAAACCCAAAAGAAUGAAAACAACAUCUGAACUCAUGCCCAGAAAAGGUCCUAGGAAACGUCUUGAACCUCAAACAAAGGUGCGAACUAGUCCAAGAAAGAUUUCGAGAAUGCCACCUGUUGAUAGACGAAAACGCGUGUCACGAACAAAUGAUACAAGAAGUGACAAAAGUAUCAAGUUGGAGGGUCAGUUGAAGUCACAUACUGUCAAAACACAGUCAAAGAUGAUGAAAAUGGAGCAAAGUGCUGCAAAAAGUCUACAGGGAGAAGCUGCCCUUGAUAAGGAAAUAACUACAUGCACAACUAAUGUUAGAAGGAGCUCUAAAAUGACAAGGUCUGAACGUCACAAGCAGUGUCUUCUAAAAGUUGUUCAUCAGACUCUAAAGCAUUUUGGACUACAGACCAAAGAUGUAAAUUUCCAACGUUGUGUUGAUCGCUUGUUUCACAUCUGCCAUGGAUAUUUGAAGGACUUGAAGAGUUCAAAAAACCUGAAAGAAGAAAUGGUUACUGUAGCAGAACAGAAUGCUCAACAGGUGGUGAAAUUUGAGAAGAGGUGGGCUGAAUCUAUUAACUAAGGACUUGAUGUGUCACAGUGUAGGCUUGCAUGCAUACAAGUACAGUUGAAGGCAAAGACCGAAUCUUUUCUAGUACCCAAUUGCUCCAGUUUGCAGUUUGUAAUGUGACUGGUGAAUUGCAGAUCAUUUUGUAUUGUAGGGUGUACAGUCAAGAAGAGUUUGUAUACAAAGUUGCUUAAAAGUAACGUCAAAUACACAUGUGUUGGCAAAGUUUAUAGACAAUAUCAGAAUUUGAACACAGAAUACGCUGGAAUGGUAGCAGUGUUUACUACUACACUACACUUAUUGGUUGCCUCUAGACAACCAUGUGUCAUGUGUUUUAGCAGAAGCUAAACUGUAUUGUUGUCUGCCGUCAGA